UAAAAUAGCUCAGUUGAGUUGAUCUGACAACGAGUAGCUCAAGGCUCAACCUGGGCUAAGCUCUGAUCCCAUCAAUUAGUAUGCAGCCUGACACAACCCAGCAAGUAGAAUGUAAACAAUGCAUAUUGCUGAAACACAUAUUGUAGAUUGCAAUUUAAUCACAUUGAUCUUGUUAGUCUGGAUCUACAAUAGAUGUUUUAAGUCUUAAGCCAUCCGAGGUUAAGAAAGCAGACGGAAAAGGAAAGAAGCGUGAGUCAACAGUUUAUUGUCAUUUCAUAAAAAAAAAUGGAGCAACUGCGUUCCUUGAACAGAACAGUCAAUAUAACCGAGCCGAUAUUGGCAGAGGACAGUACGUUUUCUACAAUAGCGUUAUCGUUAAGGGCAGUGUUAGAACAAUUGGAUAAAAAUGCUAAACACCACGAUUAUCUUGUUGCCUUGCUGCUUGUUUUAUUGGCAGAGUCCGGAUUUGGCAUUUCGUCUGCUUCUGAUACUCCAAAAUGGGAACAAAAUACAAGAUUAGUUUAUAUACCUGAAAAUUGGAAGUCCAAAGAAACGGGAGUAUAUGAGCUAUAUUUAACAUUGCGUAAUGCAGAUCACAUUAGAUCAAAGUUAAUCGUAAUAACUUGUGGCGAUAAAUUGGUACUUAACAUAAUUUCGCAUAUAAGAAAUAUGAAGAUUUAUAGCAUGGUUGUACAAACAUUAAAAUAUGUGAAUCCAUAUACAAAUAAUUUGUGUCUACGAUAUAUGAAUCUCAAAGAAAUAUCACAUAGGUUUAAAGACAAAUUAGUCAUGCCUUUGCGCACAGACAUUUUGUUAGUAUUAAAUUUGAUGGGUCCUAGUUUGGAGAGUCUGCCAAUAGAAUUAUGUGUAAAAAUCGCAAAUAUGUUAUUUGUGGAAUAAUUUGGA